AUGUUGUUAACGGUCACACUGACCAGCGGAGUGCCUGUUGGACGUACUGAAAAGUUGUGUGAAAAUAGCUCAAGGCAGUACGAAGCGAUUGAACAAUCCAGCAUGGAAGUACAAGGAGGCAAGAAGAAGAACAAGGGUGUUGAGCAUUUACCGAAAAUUAGAAUACCAGGACAAGAACAAAAUCCUAGGUACGGUAGCAUGAGACGUUGGGAAGAAAAAAUUUACAUAACAGUGACCACACAACUUCGAUUCCAGUCAUCUGACUCCAGUGGCUACAGACAACUAAUUCCUUACGUCGGUAGUAAACCAGAUCGGUCGUUCAGCUCAUGGCCGUCUGAACUGAAGGCGAGAAUUGAAGUAAAGUUAGGAAUAAAAUGUAUGAGCUGA